UUCCCGAGUAGGGUAUGCUAACGACGACCGACAGAGACGUGUUUGAGCUACAAGAAACUACGGAGCAGUUUCUUUUCCAAAUGAAGGAGAUGUAUGUCACGUCUCUAAAAAUGGAGUUUACAUGGACUAUACAUGGGAUUGAGGGGAGGAGCUAAUAAUAUAUAUUGGGAAGGAGUCAUUUGGAGAGUUAAGUUCACCGGUCAGCAAGGAGACAGGAAGAAGGAAGAGUGCGAGAGAGGAGGAGAGUGAGGGACGAGGUAGAAGAAGUUCCGCAACGGAGGGACGGUGUGACUGAGACUAACGGAGAGUUACUGUUAACUGUCAUUGGAGUGAAGUUUGACAAGUUUGUUGUAAACAUAUACUUGUGUGCAAAUAUACACAUGGCAAAUGGAUAAAGAUCUGCUGUUAAAAGGAGCACCGACUGCGACGCCAACUGUGGUGUGGGCACUCAAAGUCCCACCCUGACCCCAGUGGCUGAUGGACUUUGUUGCAGUCAGAGGCCUUUGCCACCCCAGUCAAUGACCAGAAUGGGAGAAUGUGAACUGUGUGGACUACACAAUGUUCAUGGCAACUCGCGGUCACGAGUUUGUCAUCUCUGCAAGUUGUGUGUACCGUGUCCUGAGGCCAUAAUUCCAACAAUGAAGCUAAAGAGGAAACAGGAACAGAUGAAGAAUGCAGCUGCAGUGAAGAUUGCACGAAAAAUGACUGAAACAGUGCUAGAACAACAACUCACAGCAAACUCUCAGUCAAGUGACUUAUGUCCUACUGCUUCCGCUGCCACCGAUGAUGAUGAUGUGAUUUUGUCAGAUGUAGUACCGUGUUCUUAUCCACAACAAACACAACCGCCAAUUUCAGACAACAUAAAUGUGAAAAGAACAGUUUCUAGGCCUUCUAAAAUAAAGUGUCAAAGCACCUUGUUAGAAUAUUUUCAGACGUGAUACCUUCCUAUAGUCAUUCUGUUGGUUCUAUUGCACAACUGAACAAAGUAAUGUCUUGCUGAGGUUCUAAUGCAAUAAUAGUAAUAUUUGACAAAACA